UGCUCUGUAGAGAAAAUUCUGCUACGGGACAUCCAGGCCUUGACCCUCCACCGAGACCGCUUCACCACUGCGCGGAGGACUGCGCCCAUCCCUCAGCUGCAGUGCCUCGGUGGUUCUGCCGGAUGCCCGGCCCACAUCCCUGAAAUCGUGCAGUGCCGAAACAAAGGCUGGGACGGCUUUGACGUUCAGUGGGAGUGUAAAGCAGAGCUCGACACGUCCUACCGAUUUGGCAAGACCGCUGUGAGCUGCGAAGGUUAUGAUUACCCCGAUGACCCCUACGUGCUCCGCGGCUCCUGCGGCUUGGAGUUCAACUUGGAGUUGACCGAGCAAGGCCGGAAGAAAUACAAAGACGCCAGCGGCGGUGACGCCAACAGCCACGGGAACACCUACGGCUCCAAUUACUUCCCCGGGUACGUUGAGAAGAUGGAUUCCCCUGUGCCCUCCAGCACCAGAGGCCUGUUGGCCGUCGUCAUCCUGCUGGUGCUGGCCUUGGGCGUUUAUAAGCUCUUUCUGAAAGCCCAGAAUGAGGAUCUCCCCCCGCCCUACACUGAGCAUCCCCAGGACCACCAGAGGUUCUUCCAGGCGUCCCCACCCCCGCCUCCUCCUCCCCCAGGCUUCAAGUCCUAUUUCACAGCAUCGGGUACCCCCGGAUGGGGCUUUGGCAACUCUUUCACGGGUCCCCAAGCGUUUGGCCAAUCUGGCCCUGGAUUCUGGACUGGAUUGGGGACUGGUGGCCUUUUAGGCUACUUGUUCGGAAACAACAGGGCCACGCCCCUGUCAAACACUUGGACUCAUCCUGCGUAUCCUCCCCCGUACUUCAACACCUGGAGCAGUCCGGUGCCCCCGUCCGCGCCCGUUAAUUCCCGGAGCUCUGGGUCUUCCUCGGGCUCCAACACGGGGACUAGGACCGCGUCGGGGUUUGCCGCCACCAAAAGACGUUAAGAAGAUAAGGCGGAUGAAUAAAACCUUCAGACGCAAAUUUCUUAUUUCGGGGUCAUUUUCUCUUUAUAAAGCUAUGUACUAAGAACUGUGGGAAGAAAACUUGUUCGAGUUUAGAGGCGGAUGAUUGCUUGUAACACUCUGUCAUCAGUUCUGUAAUAUAGCUAAGAGUCGGGCUUGUCUGUAGGUGGGUUUGGCGACCCUUGGCCACCUCAGGCAGGUGGUUUUGGCAGCUUCCGAAAGAUGCACGCUGUCCUGGCCCCUUGAAUGUCCUCCCUCCCCUUUCCCCUCAACUAUCUGCAUCCCUGAAGCAGACAGGACCACCGAAGGAGCCCCUGGCGAGGUGCUGGCUGCGGAGAAGUUUUUCUCUGGCUCGGUUUCCAACUCAAGGGGCUCUCUAAACAGGUGAUGGGAAAUUGACCCCGAGACCCCAUCUCCCAUGUAAACAGUUUUGCUGCGUUGCCCUGUGGGGUUUGGUGACUGGGGCAGGCUUUUCAGGCACUUCCCAAGCUUGGGGCUCACUAAUUGAAUCAGGCUGUCUGUGCAAAGUGAAGCUUCUGGACGUGGCAGGGGAUGACUGGGAUGGUGGGGGGCGGGGUUGCUGUA